AUGCCAGUCUUGAGGUCUCGCAGUAAACGCAUUACGCGGGAAUCGUGCGAUGAAGCUUCAACAAAAAGAUCUGUUGCACAGACGAGCCAGUCAGCCUCACCCACAGAGACCGAUCUAUCACACAACUCCAAGAAAAACACAUCGUUCAUCCAACAUGGCUGUCCAAUUGUUACCGGGGUAUCAUCGCCCCCGGCCGCUAAUAUCACACCACCGGAGAUUUUGCUACCGAUAUUCGCUAUGCUUACUCCCCGGGACUUCGAUAAUGCGCGACGAACAUGCUCACAAUGGAUGAGGAUCAGUUUAAAUCCGAAAUUAUUAAAAACCAUGCUGAAACGUGCGGGAUGGUGGGAUGCAUGGCAGCAGGACUGUGCAACAAAACGCGCCAUAAGGCAUCUGGCCAGCUAUGAGAGCGAAGUUUGGAGGAUGAGCAAAAGAUUCGCUACCGAAUGCCUGCUUUCAGGGCGACGAUCAAAUAUCGAGAGAUUAGGCUUUGUGAAAGUCGGAGUGGUAGAGUUUUCCGGACUUGCGAGGAGCAUGCAAAGGAGGAAGACUCGUGGGAUCAAGGCCUUGCCAGACCGAAACCGCAUAUGCCAGACCAGGUCCACAUUUAGUGUCAGUAGCUGCAGCAACUAUGCUCUAGCUACUGCUGGCUGCACAAUAUAUGUGUUCCGUCUAAUGGACAGGAGUUCCAAGUCCAUGACUUUUACGCACCUUGAUGAUUCAAACCUGGUGCCGAUAACCAGUAUUGAAUGUCCUUACGAGGUUCUAUCAGCCACAAUGGAUACAAGUACACCUCAAUUCCUUGUCGCAGCCCUGUUGGGCAAUCGAACAGGCAUGGUUUGUGAUAUUAACGUAUUCCGUGUAUCUCAGGAUGAAAUUUCAACAUCCUGCGAUGAAUCGGUGGACGGUGUAUCAAAUUCCCCAUCUUCAAAGCCCGCAAGAAACAAUCUCUACUCUAUGCCAACAACUACUUCUUCGUCGCCACACUAUUACUACAACGUCUGCUCAGAAGAUCAUCCUCCUCGAACAAUUGCUCUCUAUCCUGGCCGUCAAUGCGUCGCAUUUGGAUGCGCAGGCGGUAUCGAAAUCCACUGGGUCGACGAAGCAACCCAGAAAGACCAAAGAAGACACUUCCCUAUGUCUCAACCCUCAGAGAUUCUUCACUUCCUACCAAACUCCCUCGAAAGUCCCAGCGAAAUGCGCCUUAUCUCCUCAUUAGCUGGACCAGGCGUCCACGAGUCUGCAUGUCGCCAAUCUCCAUUCCCAGAUCAUCCCAAGAAAUGCCAUUUCAAUUUCCGCGGAGACUCCAAACUUCUCAAUCAAAAAACCCAUCCAAAUAAUUCCUCUCUCAGCCUUGUCCGCGCAACUCACUGCCAUCAUUAUCGCGCCGUCCCUAUAAAUGACGGCUACCACAUCGCCUUCAUCGAACCUCGCACAGGUCUCCUAUGCAUUGGCUCCGAUGCACCGAUAGGCGGACCAACAAGUCUUACCCGUGCCUUUGUCUGUAUUCCACCCUUUGGCAAAGACCCAACAACAGAUACCACCAAAGAAGCCCGCGUACCUACAGCAUUCGCCGUUGGCUCCGAUCUCCGCUGGGGUCUUCGCGUUGUCGCCGCAUAUCAAGGCCGUAUAGUUCUCUACUCUGUUCCCUUGGAUAUAUUCAACGUUAUUCGGAAAGAGCGCGAGCGUCAAGUUGACGGUAUCCUGGGGAAUAGUGAUCCGGCAUACGACUGGUACAUGGACCCGGAGCGAUCGCACAAACGUCGUGAGAGUCUCGUGCAGAAUCAAAAUGGAGACUGGGAGUUCCUGCUUAGUGUAAGCUAUAGCCCAGCAGCAAUGAUGUGGCCAUUCAAGAUAUACGGGAAAGAGAUCGGACGCGGGGAGAACGUUGUCGAAUUAGCGCUGCAGUCAUCGAAUGGCGGGGCGCGAGUCUGGGCAUUUAGCGCCUCGGGUGAAGCGAGUAUCUUCGAUAUUGAUACUUUGACGUCGCCGACAUGUGGUGCUGAGGAUAUACCCUGCGCUAUGGUUAAAGUCGGGUCAGAUGGAAGUAUUGAUUCUGCUGGACUUGUUGAGAGACCGAAGCCUGGGUCCAUGGCGCCUCCGACAUCACGAAAGCGGAAAUCGACUGUUUUGCAGGAUGAUUUUGUCGGACGGUAUGGGACAAGUCGAUAUGUUCCCAGUUUGGAUUGUGAUGGUCUGAAGCCUGUCAAUGCUGUUGAUCACCAGGGUGAAGAAUCGUCGAUUCGUCGACCCUCUUUUGCGGCUUGUAUUGUUGAUUUUAAAAUCCCCGAGCUUGGAAUUAGGGAUUCAUCUUGGAAGAAGGAUGAGUUUGUAUUGAAGGGUGACUGCUAG